AUGGAGCACAGCCUUGUGAAUCCAAUGCUAGGCUUGAGUACGGGUGCAGAUGCCCCAAAUACGGAGCAUUUUGGUCACAGUACUGAGUAUCCGAUGGUAUUGGGUCCGCUGCCUACGAUCGGCCUCUCUGACAACGCCUACCUCUCCGAACUGCCACCUCGCACGAACCAAUGCCUUCUUACAAUCACGGGAGCCCUGAUCGAGGUACGCAUGCUUAUCGUUGGGGAGCGAGUAACUGUAUUGCCGGCUUGGGUGGAUGUUAAUCAAGUUGCGUUCACUCAAUAUGCUCCGGGUAGUGGCCACGUCAGUGGUGGUGGUGGCAGCGUUGUUGGGGCUGGAACUGGAGCAGCGGGUGCGGCUCCGAGUCAUCUGGGAUCUUCAGGAACUGCGGGUGCGAGUGGAGGCCCAGGAGCGGUUACGGCAGGUUCGGCCAGUGGAAUUGGAGUGCCUCUCGGCGCCGGUGGAGGAGGAGUUGCGGCAGGAGGGACAAUUUCCACUAGUGCAGCGGGAACUACAGGAAUGGGAGGUGUCGGAGGAGGAGCGAGUGGAGCAGGAGGCGUGGUUGGCGAUAAUGAUGCUGGAAAUCCGAGCGAAUGGGGCGAGCCAACUCAGGGCACGGACAAUGCUCAGACCUCGGGGAUGGUGAAUGCUGGAGGAGCAGCGAGUGCGUAA